AUGAGCGGUGUUGUCCGGGAGACGAGCUCCGAAGUGCAGCUAAUGAAAAAGGAGGUCGAGGCUCUGCGCGCCGAUUACACAGAUCUGCUGGCCAAGUUCGACAACUUGAGCCUGCAGCUGUGCGAGCGUGUGGCAGCGCUCAAGAAGGGCCGGGCGGCGGCAACCAAGGAGGGCAUUGUUGGCGCCCCGGGACAGCCAAACGCCGGCUCGCCCUCCAAGCAGGUGGAUUCUUGCCCAGAUCCGGGUCUCAACGACACCGCGGCCUCCCCCCUUGCAGGUUUCAGGGUUGCCUCGCAGCUUGGGGCCAACCAAGAAGCAGCGCCGCAGCAGCAGAACGUGACAGCAUCGCGCGAAGGCCAAUACGCCCCCGCAUCGCCAUCUCCAGCCCCCGCUCAUGCAACUGCGCAGCAGCCGAGCGUGCCACCAGCACGGGACGCGGUGUACUUUCCUCAUGCGGCAUCUCGACCACCCGCGCCGCAGCGUCCAGUCGCUCCUAUCCAAGCUCCUCCACGCCCACCAGCGCCCAUAUUCCAUCAAGGGUACUCUCCCUUGCCGCAAUAUCCGCCACCACCCGGGAUGCCGUACUACUGGCCGGGAGCUCCACCGCAGCACGCACCCCCCCCGCAGCAGUCAUACCCACCUCCCGCAUUCCCGAGUAUGAGUGGCGCUGGUGAAAGCGGCGUGGAUUGGCCGCGCGACUCUGGAGUCGAAGCAGGAGGCGCCGGAGCAGCUUCCGACGCCUUAACCCAGGGGAGGGUUAAGUAUAAAUACACGGGCGUUACAGGCGGCGGAGAUGCCUGGCAUGCCAAGCUUCUGAUGCCCACCCCGUCCAAUCAUAUCCACAUGGGGCCGUUCCCGAGCGAGGAGGAGGCAGCAAAGGGAUACAAGGCUGCAGCUCUGGUGGUUAGGCCGCCGGGCUGUCGCAUCCAGCGAAGUAUUGAUCUCACACCGUCCGAGCAGCAGUUGCUAACCGGGCAGCAAGCAGCUCCGAGCAGCAGCCAGGCCACUCAACCGCCGGGCAUGGGCCUGUCUGGUGCUCAGGGUGGGCACCAGCUGUACACGGACGACAAUCAGCACUACAACUGA